UCAGUGCUUUAGGGUGAAUUGUUCUGUUGGAAAAGCCUCAGCUCAGUCUGUGUGUUCAGCUGCUGAACAGAACCACAGUCCAAACAGAGGAUGGAGAAGGUGAUCAACUGUUUCCAGAAAAGGCCGGACGCUGUGGCCCGGCUCAUCUGCUUCCCCUGGGCAGGCGGAGGGUCCAUACACUACGCUCGCUGGGGAAACAUCCUCAACAGCUCCAUUGAAGUGUUCGCUGUCAAACUUCCCGGCAGAGAGAGUCGAGCCAAAGAGCCGUUCUUUCUCAACAUGCAGCAGAUUGUGGACGAGGUUGUUGGAGUGUUGUUACCGGUGCUGAAAGAGAAGCCGUUUGCUCUCUUCGGCCACAGUUUUGGUGCCUUCACAAGUUUUGCUGUAGCAGACGCUCUGAAGAAAAUCCACAACCUGGAGCCGGUUCACAUCUUCCUCUCUGGAGCCUCUGCACCUCAUUCAGAGACUCGUAUCAAAGCCCCGAAGAGGAGCGAGUUGUCGGAUGAGGAUUUUCUCAAGUGGCUGAUGUCUAUUGGAGGAACUCCUCCUGAACUUCUGUCCAACCCUGAAGUCCUGAAGCUCUUCCUUCCCGCCCUGAAGGCCGACCUGCACGUGGUGGAGAACUACAGGUGUGAGAAGCCGGACGUUCCACUCCUGUCCUGCCCGGUCACAUGUUUCGAUGGAAAAGAAGACGUCCCUCAUGAUUUACAAGCUUGGAAAGACAUCACGUCAGGAGAUUUCACCACCAGGAUGCUGGAUGGAUCUCACUUUUACCUGAAGGAUUCUGGGAAUGAGAAAGUUUUAUUAGACUACAUCACAAAACAUCUGGAAACAUCAGAAAUGGACUAUUUAUAAUGAAAUAUGGACAAUUACUGCACCGAGUCUAAUGACCUCACGUUGUUUUACUAAUUCAUUGUGAUGGAAUUUAACUGUUUGAUUAAUUAAUUAGUUUUUCUUUAAAAAAAAAAAAAAUGUAAUUCUUUUUGUUUUGUCAAACCAACUUGUGACUGAGAAACGAGCCCACAGCUGUCUGUGCAACAGGUUGUUAUGACAUCAUAUUUAGGUUUUGUUGCUAGGCGACAUCUAGUGGUCGUAGUAAUGAUGACAGGACCAAAGGG